AAGCACACCUUCUCGAGCCACCUGCAUCUCCUCUGGUCCGCGCCCUGCUCUCACAUCCGCGCCGCCGCUCUCACGACACCUCUCUUCACGCCCGGUCCGUCGCGCACUGCCUGCGUCUGCCACGCCGCGCGCACUGCCCGUGCGCUUCGUCUCGCGCCCCCUGCCCCGCACCACGGAUAGCCGCUGCCCGCCAUGCCGAUGCUGCUCGACAUCCAGCGCAAGCUGUUCGCGCGCUCGGAGCGCGUCAAGUCCGUCGACUUCCACCCGACGGAGCCAUGGGUCCUCGCGGGCCUCUACUCGGGCGCCGUCAACAUCUGGAACUACGAGACGCAGGCGCUCGUCAAGACAUUUGAGGUCGCCGACGUGCCCGUGCGCUGCGUGCGCUGGAUCGCCCGCAAGAGCUGGUUCGUCGCGGGCAGCGACGACUUCCAGCUGCGCGCCUUCAACUACAACACGCACGAGAAGGUCGUCGCCUUCGAGGCGCACCCCGACUACAUCCGCUGCAUGGCCGUGCACCCCACGGGCAGCUACGUGCUCACCGGCAGCGACGACAUGACGAUCAAGAUGUGGGACUGGGACAAGGGGUGGCGGCACGUGCAGUCGUUCGAGGGCCACACGCACUACAUCAUGUCGCUCGCCUUCAACCCCAAGGACAGCAACAGCUUCGCCUCGGCCUGUCUCGACCGCACCGUCAAGUUCUGGACGCUCGGCUCCUCGUCGGCCAACUUCACGCUCGAGGCGCACGACAAGGGCGUCAACUACGUCGAGUACUACCACGGCGGCGACAAGCCGUACGUCGUGACGACGGGUGACGACCGCACGGUCAAGAUCUGGGACUACAUCAGCAAGUCGUGCGUGCAGACGCUCGAGGGCCACACGUCGAACGUGUCCUUCGCCGUGUUCCACCCCUCGCUGCCGCUCAUCAUCAGCGGCUCCGAGGACGGCACGGUGAAGCUGUGGCACUCCAACACGUACCGCCUCGAGUCGACGCUCGACUACGGCCUCGAGCGCGCGUGGUGCGUGUCGUACCGCCGCACGGGCAACGACAUUGCGCUCGGCUACGACGAGGGCGCCGUCGUCGUCAAGCUGGGCAAGGAGGAGCCGAGCGUGAGCAUGGACAGCAGCGGCAAGGUCGUCUUCUCCAAGGGCGCCGACGUGCUCAGUGCCAACCUGGGCUCGAGCGACAACGCCGACGUGGCCGACGGGCAGCGCAUCGCCGCCGGCUCGCGCGAGAUGGGCACGACGGAGGUGUACGCGCAGCUGCUCAUCCACUCGCCCAACGGCCGCUUCGUCACCGUCUGCGGCGACGGCGAGUACAUCAUCUACACGGCGCUGGCGUGGCGCAACAAGGCGUUCGGUGCCGGCCUCGGCUUCGCGUGGGCCAGCGACAGCAACACGUACGCCGUGCGCGAGAGCGCCUCGUCGCUCAAGUGCUUCCGCAACUUCCGCGAGCGGCCCGGCCUCAUCACGCCCGGCUUCUCCUUCGACGACGUCAAGGGCGGCGCGUUGCUCGGUGUGCUCGGCGCCGGCUUCGUCUGCUUCUACGACUGGGACACGGGCGCGCUCGUGCGCCGCAUCGAUGUUGAUGCCAAGGACAUCUACUGGUCGACGACGAACGAGCUGGUCGCGAUCGCAGGCGACGACUCGUUCUACGUGCUGCGCUUCGACCGCGAGGCGUACCAAGCACACCUCGAGUCUGGCGAGCCGAUCGAUGACGAGGGUGUCGAGGACGCCUUUGACGUUGUCUGCGAGAUCCCUGAGGUCAUCCGCACUGCCAAGUGGACGGGCGAGUGCCUCAUCUACACGAACGCGCAGAACCGCAUCCAGUAUCUCGUCGGCGAGCAGACCUACACGAUCAACCACACGGACAAGGAGCUCUACCUCCUUGGCUACCUGCCGCAGCACGGCCGUGUGUACCUCGUCGACAAGGACGUGGCGAUCUACAGCUACGCCCUGUCGCUCGCAGUCGUUGAGUACCAGACGGCCAUCCUGCGGAAGGACUUCGACGGCGCACGCGACAUCCUCGCCAGUGUGCCGACCGAGCAGCGCAACCGCAUCGCACGCUUCCUCGAGGGGCAAGAACUGCGGCAACUGGCACUCGAGGUCUCUGCCGACGCGGACCACAAGUUCGAGCUCGCCAUCUCGCUCGACGACUUCGAGACGGCGCUCGAGAUUGCACGGAAUGGCCCGACGGCCGGCUCCGAGCCGCGCUGGCGCACCAUCGGCGACAAGGCACUCGGCCGCUGGAACCUCUCGCUGGCUCGGGAGUGCUUCGAGCGCGCCAACGACCUCUCGGCGCUGCUGCUGCUCGGCACCUCGACGGGCGACCGCGAGCUGCUCGCGUCGCUCGCCGACAUGGCGCUGGAGAAGGGCAGCACAAAUGUGGCCUUUGCCGCACGGCUGCAGCUCGGCGACGCAGACGGCUGCGCCGACGUGCUGGAGCGCAGCGGCCGCAUCCCGGAGGCGGCGCUCUUCUCGCGCACCUACGCGCCGCGCCGCGUGCCGGCCGUCGUGGGCAAGUGGCGCGAGGAGCUCGAGGCGACGAAGCGGAGCAAGCAGAGCGCCAUCGCUGCCUCGCUCGCAGACCCGUCGGCCAACCCCGAGGCGUUCGAGGAGGGCUGGUCCGCCGCCCUGGCCAAGGAGGAGGAGCUGCUCGCCGCCAGCCUGAGCUCGCGGUCCGAGGCUGCAAAGCCGCCAACAGUUGUGCCGCCAGAGUCGGCACCUGCACCGAACGGCAUCGCUGCGUAAUGUCGCUGCGAGCCGCGUCACCUCACGAAUGUAAUGCUUGCCCGCUGCUCACG